GGAGGGGACGGAGGGAGACUGACCUAUCCCGAUAAGAUCGGCCGUUGCUCGAAUGCGAACGCCUAGGGUUUCGAUCCACGAGCUCUCGCCACUCCCUUUUCCUUCUGCUUCCCCGCCUCAUCUGUUUCUUGGAUGGAUUAAACUAGGAUUUCGCUAAAGAAGCAGUCGGAUUCCCCAGACAUCCCAAACGCUCGCGCCGUCCAUUGGAUCCUCCUCACCACUGUUGCUGUACUCGCUUUCUCGCCGUCGUUAUCGCACUUCUUGCGCGCCGAGGAGGCUGCGGGAGGGGGGAGGAAGUGAUCGAGGUACGGAAAAGGAGGUUCUCGUCCGAAUCGGAUGUAGCUGCCUCGGCAUUCGGGGAGGUGAGAGGCUGUUUGGCGCUGCGACCUUGACGAGAACUGAAGGAAUGCGGACCUGUCGGGGCUCGCCUGCCUGGAGUCUGGAAUAAAAUAAAGUGUUUUGAGAGUGGGAGCUUGUGGUUCUUGGAGUUGGAGUGUGUAGAUCUGAGGGGUCUUGGACGCGGAACCAUUAGAUCGACGCAAGAAGCGUGUCAGAAUUCGGUGUCUGAUGCUGCCAUCGUUGCAGUCAGUGCUUCUGCAGCAGUUGUUGCUGCUGCUGCCUUGCAGGCCGCAGUGCUGAUUUCUGGCCGCCUGUCGAGCGCGAGCAGCGGAAAGAAAGAAGUCAGUCCGGAGCAGCUCAUUGAAGCCACGAGCUGAGAUCUCCGGCCGCGAACGCGAUCUGAAGCGUCCAAAGAAACCCUAAGCCGUAGAGCUGACACAGCCCCUCUCAGUCGCCCACCGCUUUCCGGAAAGGAGAUCAGGAGGUAGAGAUCAGAACGGAGUGGUGGAGAAGGCGAUAAAGAUCCGAUCUUGGGCCCGAGACAGGCAUGAGAGCGAGAUGGACUUGGAGAACACCCACGCCUCCAAGCGGUCUCGAACGGUGGGCAACGGUGGCCAGGCGUCCAAGAUAGGGCGCAAGGAGCAACAGGACGAGGACGAGGAGGACAGAGAGAGGAAGGGUGGAGGAGCUGACGCUGGCCGCGUCGCCCCUUGGCUGCAUCACCCGUCAUCCAGGAUCUUUCGUGUUUCGCGCGCCUCCGGCGGGAAGGACCGGCACAGCAAGGUCUACACGGCGAAGGGUCUCCGCGACCGGCGGGUCCGCCUCUCAGUGUCCACCGCCAUCCAGUUCUAUGACCUCCAGGACCGCCUCGGCUACGACCAGCCGAGCAAGGCCAUCGAGUGGCUGAUCAAGGCCGCGGCGGCCGCCAUCAAUGAGCUCCCUCCCCUUGAUGGUUUCCCCAAGCUGCCUCAGCCCAGUGGGGAUGAAGUGAUGAAGGCCGAUCCUGAUGUUGAACGAAGCUACAGCCAGCAGCAGCAGCAACAGCAGCAUCCCUCGACCAAAUCCGGCUGCAGUAGCACCUCGGACACCAGCAAAGGCUCAGGCUUGUCCCUGUCGCGUUCGGAGAGCCGCAUCAUGGCCAGAGAGCGAGCGCGAGAGCGAGCAGCGAAGGAUAAAGAGAAGGGCAGAGACGACAGCAGCCACAUUGCGGCCUUCCUUCACCAGAACCUGAACCCUCAGACCUCCUCCUCUUUCACGAAGCUUCUUGCCAGCAGCAAUGGAGCCAACAACGUCGCUGCUGUUGCAGAAGGCGAGGAGAAUUCCGGCCUCAAUUGCAUUCAGAAGCAAAUCCCUACAGCGAUCUACUUCGGCCAACCUGGUCUCUUCGCCCAGUCUCAGAAGAGUCAACAGCUGCCGUCAGGGUUUUCUUCCCAAUCCCACUUCGGAAACAGCUGCCCGAUGGGAAUGUUGCCUUUCAACGUUGCGGCCACCGGCGACCAUCAGGAGAUGCAGCAGUUUUCGUUGUUGCAGGACAACUUCUUCCCUGUCUCGGCAGUGGCGGCGAUGGCGAACUACAAUCUCAACUUCUCCAUAUCGUCGGGUCUUGCGGGUUUCAACAGGGGGACCCUUCAGUCCAAUUCACCAGCUCAGAUGCCUCAGGAGCACCACCACAGUCACAACCACCUACAGAGGCUCUCUUCCACGGUUGACGGAUCGAACCUGCAGUUCUUUGGUGCUGCUGCAGGUUCGGCUGCAGCUGCCACCAAUGCAGAGAAUCAGUUUCCGGAGGGGUUUGGCGAUCACCUGCAGCUCUGCUACGGGGAUGGCUAUCGGCAAUCUGACCUGAAGGGGAAGGGAAAGAACUGAAGUAAUAAGAAAAAUGAUGCUCAUUCUCAACGGCCGGAACCGAGAACAGAGCAUGGCCAAAUGCAACCUCCCCAGCUCAGCUCUUGCAGUACAUUAUUGUUUUCCUUGGAGACUCUUACCACAAUUAUUUUUUGUUGUGUGUUCUCAUUUUCCUUCAUCGGAUAAACCUUAUCCUACCUACGAUACAAUAUCUGUAUCGUCGUUAUCGCUUUCAUGUCUGUAUGAGCUCAUGGAAACAAAUGAACAAACUUGAGUGUGAUUUUUGUUAGUUUGCAGUAACCAUGCUUAAGUUAUGAUA